CCGUGACGCUGCGCGGGCCAGCCCAACUCGGCUGGAGUCAGAGGCUGCGUAGCGCCUUGUCGGGGAGGGGAGGGCGACUGUGCCUGUUCCCGCGCACUGAGGGUGGCCGGGGAGGGGGCCCAAGACAGCUCGCCGUCGCCAUGGCCGAGCCGAGCCCGAAACGGCUCAAGAGCGGCCUGCCUUUGUGCACCAUCCAUCGGCCCGGCAACAAGCUCGUGAAGCAGAAUUUCCCGCUCGUGGUGGAGGAGGCCUUGUGCGGCGUCACCAGCGCUCUGCUGGAGGUCUCCUACGUCUUCCAGUUGUUGGGUGAAAUCUUUGAUCUCUCUGAUAUGGGUCUACCAAAUGUUUCAAAAUUCUUCUGGGAACAAGCAAAGGAGGAGAGAAAUGCAGCAGAAAUACUGAUACAAUACCAGCAUGACAGGGGAGGCCUAUAUUGUACCAAAGUUAUCCAGAAACCACCCAAUGUGUAUAUAAAUGGUGUAACAGCAGCUCUGGAAGUAGCCUUAGUACAAUGGAAGAUGUUAACAGGCUAUUUUGAAGACCUUUAUGCUUUAAGUAUCAAGACCUCAGAUCCCCACACUGCCAGCACAAUUAAGAAGAGAUUUCUAGCACCCAAGAUCCAGAAGAUCAAACUGAUGGGAGAUCUAAUAACGAAUGCUCAUAGGCUUAGGAGUGCUCAAGAUGGCAGAGGUGACCUGGAGAACUAUCUUAUAGAUCGUUUACAAAAAGAACUAAGGAUUGUGCCAGACUUGAAAGCUUACUACAGUCCAAGUAUGCCACUUGAAAAAUGUGCAGGAAUUGCAAAGGGGAUGCAGCUGUUGCCAGAGGAACUCCAACAGCCCAAUAACAACAUAAAGCCAAAAUACUCAGGGCUACAUUGCUCCCCUCUCAGCCGUGGUGGAAAGAUUUGAGGGAGAUAGGUCAAAGGUGAGAACACAAAUGGCAUUAGAUUGCUUGGGAACAGGAACCUCUCACUGUCUAGCAGCUUUGGGAUAUUCAUAUGUCACUGAAUGCACCCAGGGUAGAUGUCUCUGGAUUUAUAGGAUGAUAUAAUUUGUGGAAACAAUAUUCCUAUAAACAAAGUAAUUGUACAGUCACCUGUUGGCUGUGCCACAACUGAGAGAGCAGUUGUUUUUAUUUUUUGUAAAAUCAGGUUACACCACAGUCAUAAACUCUUGGUAUUCUGUAUUAGCUAAUCAGAUUAGCCACCAUGUGCUGGGUUCUGUCUACCCAAUCUCUAGCAUAAGCUAGAAGACUGGGGCGGUGAGGUCAUGUGUACAAUCUUUGCAUGCAUGACUUCAGAAAGCUUCCAGAUUGGGCUUAUUUCAGGCCAGUGGAUGAUACAUGAGCGUUACAUUAUUUACUAGAAUUACUACUACUUUCAUUAAUACUAAGAGUUACUGUAGCCCAUGAGCAGUACACGAUAUGGAGUACAAGGUACCUCUACUUUUAAUCAAGCAUGAAGACAACUUAAUUCAGGCGAGUGGCAAUAACCGUAGCUUUCUGUAUCAUGAAGCAUAAUUAUAUUUUAUAAAAUACUCCAUGAAAUCAGAAAGUCAGUUAGAUUUUAAUAUUUAUUCAGAAGGGCUUUCUCUAUAUGAUUAAUAAAAUUCUAUUUUAGUGUAUAUUUUUAUGCUAGCAGAAAUGAUUUUAUAUAACCACAUAGCAUAAAAAGAAUAAAAUUAUUUUUAUCUUUGUAUUUAGAUAUUUCUAUAAGGGAUUUUUAAUA